AUGUCUUCAUCUAUUUACCCGCAAGAUUGUAGCGAUAUACCAAUACGAUAUCCUUCAGGAGUUUACAGAAUUUAUCCCAACCCUUCAACUGACUUCAGUGUGUUCUGUGACAUGGAAACAGCGGGUGGUGGCUGGACUGUUUUUCAGCGACGGUUAAAUGGAUCGGUCGACUUCUAUCGAAAUUGGACAACCUAUGAAACAGGCUUUGGAGACUUAAACCAUGAAUUCUGGCUUGGGAAUGAAAAUAUAGCUUCUAUCACAGUCCAUGGAAAUUACCGUCUGCACAUCCAGCUUGAGGACUUUGAUGGCAAUUGCAAAUAUGCUGAAUACAGUAAAUUUACUAUCGGAGAUUCUAUGUCUGGGUAUAUCCUGAACAUCAAUGGAUUCACAGGAAAUGCUGGAGACAGCUUAUCUUGGCAUGAUGGCAUGAUGUUCAGUACUUACGACAGAGACAAUGACAACAAUGGUACAGGAAACUGCGCAAUAGCGUUCAGGGGAGCGUGGUGGUAUAGAUCUUGCCAUGGGUCUAAUUUGAAUGGAGUAUAUUUGAAAGGAUUCCAUUCUAGUUAUGCUGAUGGGAUCGUAUGGAAAACUUGGAGAGGCUUCUACUAUUCACUAAAAUCUUCAAAAAUAAUGAUACAACGCUACUAAAAAUCAACUUCCGGUUUUGUUUUGUAGGCAAAUUCGGAUCGGAAUGAUCAAAUGGUAUUUUAGUGUUUAAGAAUAUACAGAUCAGUCAUGUUUUAAAUAAUAAUUUACAACAAUUGUUUGGAUUUGAUUGAAAUGAUAAUAACAUAAUUAUACUGAAAAAUGCAAUUUUCUGAUACCCAAAGAUUUACCUCUGCGUAAAUUUGCGUAAAACGCAUAUCGACGCUUUUUGGUGAUGUAGCACGAUUCUUAGAGAAAAGAAACUGAUUUUCGAAACCCUCAUUUAUAGUCAUAGGUCGAUAAACACCUUUGUAGUGGUAGUAAGAAAGGGACUAACUUUUAAAAUAAUUAACUUCCUAAAAUCUGCAUGGAAUGUAUUAAUGCAAAUUUAUUUAUAUAUUCCGAGUUUUAAAUAAAAUUAAAAGCGAAUCAUGUACAUACCUUUCCCUUUAUCUUAUCAAGAUUAUAUGUGUAGGACUCUAAAGUGCGAUGGUACUCUAAAGUGCGAUGGUCACGCUGAAAUGCGAUGAUCUACGCUAAAGUACGAUGGUGUCUCACGCUAAAGUGCGAUGGUUGUUUGUUUGCUAAAGUACGAUGGUAUAUCACGCUAAAGUGCGAUGAACCAAUAGGGUAAGGUUCGAGGGCUUAAAACGUUAAAGUGUAUUGAUGUUAAAAAAUAGUAUUUUUUCAAAAGCUAGUAUGCUAAGGUAUAACAUAUGUAAUAGGCUUUAUAAUUUACUGGUAGGCUUAAGUGAUUGUUUCUAAAUUUAGAAGACCGACCACGUAAUAAUUGCUAAAAAGGUAAUUUAGGUGUCACAAAAUACUAUAUUUCCUGUAAAUGAAUUUUUAACAAUUCGGGCGUAUUAAAUAUUUGGAUAAUUUGUGUAGCUUGCCGUUCAAUCAGUCUUUCACUAAUGUGCGUAUACUAUUUUGUAUCUAUAUGAUUCUAUAUAGUAAAAUGGUCGACUGCAGGAUACAAGUCCUGCAUCCAGCACCCGAAAAAAAAACACAUUUGCUUCAGCCGACAAAGCACGGUUAGGUUUAAAUUAAUUACGUCAUGGAUAUUUGGUUUAAAAGUUGUUAAUCAAAUAUUCUUAAUUUAUCUUUCAGCAUGUUCAUUUUUGGUUUGCAUAAACGACUGUUAACGUCAUAAUCCAACUACGUUUCUUACGUCUAUACUUUCGUGGACCAUCGGACUUUAGCGUAUGGAGGCAUCGCACUUUAGCGCAGACCAUCGCACUUUAGCGUGACCAGCGUACUUAAGUGUCCCCAUCGCACUUUAGAGUCCUACAUAUGUACUAGUUCACCCCUGGCCGUUUCGACAGGUGGAAAUAAUACAAUGUUAGAAAAUAAAAACAUUUUGAAAAAUGCUUUCAGUUACGAAUACAGAGGCUGGGUAAAAACAAGUGAAAAGCUGGAAUAUAUAGAUAUAGGAAGAUGUGGUAUGAGUGCCAAUGAGACAACUCUCCAUCGAAGUUACAAUUUAUAAAAGUAAACCAUUAUAGGUCAAGGUACGGCCUUCAACACGGAGCAUUGGCUCACACCGAACAGCAAGCUAUAAAGGGCCCCAAAAAAUUACUAGUGUAAAACCAUUCAAAGCUUUAUAUUUUGAUGUCACACUAUCCAAAAUUCAAUUGGAAAAGAUGGGAAAGACAUAAUUUACGACACCGUCAAUAAAUAUAAUUAUUUUGGAUAUGAUUUAAACAUUUGAUAACAAUAAAAAGAGUUAGCCAUCACAUGUUAUUGAAAAAUCGACGUUUUCCUCAGCUAAAGUUCGGAAUCCUUGAAUCGCACAUUUCGAUAGUUUUAAGAAAUGAUUUGUCUAUUUUGUAUUGUAUAAUAUAAUAUGUUUAUCAAAAUUUGUCCUAAUAAUGCAAACAUCCUUUAUAAAAUAAAUGUGUUAUCGAUUAAAAAAAUUUUGUUGCUUUAUAGUUUAUUGUGAAUGAAAAGAUACAAUAUACC